AUGGGCGCGGACUCUGUCCUUUUGCUGAUUUCCCGUGACGAAAAAGAUUUGGAUUCGUUACAGAAGGCCAUCGAAACCGAUCGACCGUCAGUGCGAGUUCAUGUCGGCGUGACUGACUUAUCCAGCUGUGACGAGUCGGCUUUGAAUGGUGUCGUCUCAUCUGCUUUGGCUGGUGAAUCGGCCGAGUCCUUUGCCCACGCAUUGUGCGUCCACAAUGCCGGAUCGCUGGGCGACGCUACCAAGCGUUGCACCGAUCUGGUCUCGGUGAACUCGUGCGUCCAAUACUUUCAGCUCAAUUUGGCUUCCGUCGUCGUUCUCAAUGCGAUUUUCUUGCGCCGCUUCGCCUCCAGCCCAGUCCAGCAGCGCAAAACGGUCGUCAACAUGUCCUCCCUCUGCGGAGUGGAACCGUUUUCGUCGCUGUCGCUCUACUGCACCGGCAAAGCUGGACGGGACAUGUUUUUCAAGGUUUUAGCCAAGGAGGAACCUGACGUCCGAGUGCUCAAUUACGCGCCGGGCCCGGUGGAGACCAACAUGCGAACUCAACUUCUCCAUCAGUCGUGGACUGAAGAGAUCAAAUCUGGCGGCCUCGGUCUCACGACCGAAAUGACGUGCGACCGGCUCAUGGCGAUUUUGGCCGGCGAUUCCUACGCCUCCGGUGCUCACGUCGACUACUACGACCCAUGA